AAUAAAACCUUCGCGGGGUUUCCAGAAAAGUGCUGGAAUUUUUUUUUUCUCCAUGUAAAAUUUUUCAUGUCAGCUACUGCUUCAUAUUUUUGAUCUUUUCUCUUGAAUUAAAUUAUUGCUUUAAUUGUUUGCUAUGGGUGAGACAAUUUUAACAUCGGAGGCAGCUUCAAGUUCGUCCCAGUUGAACUCCUCAUCCCGUAUAAUUUGUCGGGUUUGUCAAAAGCAAUUUUCGCAGUAUACCUGCCCUCGAUGUAAUACCCGUUAUUGCUCUCUUCCUUGUUACAAGUCUCAUAGUCUUCGUUGCACUGAAUCCUUUAUGAGAGAGAAUGUCAUGGGGGAGCUACAACAAUUACAAUCAGAUGAGGGAAGUAAGCAAAAAAUGCUGGACAUACUAAAACGAUUCCACUCAGAAGAUGAAGCAAACACCAUGGAUGAAGAUGAUUCCCCGUUGUCUGAGGAGACUAUUCAGAAAGUUCUAUCUGGAGAGGAGAUAAAUUUUGAUGAUUUAUCUGCUGAAGAAAGGAAACAUUUUCAAAGAGCCGUGGCCUCCGGAGAGUUAAGCAAAUUGAUUAAACCCUGGGAGCCUUGGUGGUUGAAGCCUUCUGCCAAGAAUAUAUCUCUUGGUCGAGACGGAACUCAACUUGUCCAACCACUUGUGAGGGAGGAUGCAGCUCUGUCUUCAGAAGAUGACAUAGAAGGUGGUACUUUACACGACAUUCCACUUGGUCCCGACUCUCCAUUGCCCUCAGUUAGUAAGCUCAGUGCAGCCGAACCAUCCCCUUUAUUGGCUAUUCACCUUGUUGACAUCAUGUACAGUUAUUGCUUUACUCUUCGCCUCUACAAUGGUGACUGGCAAUCAGAUCCCAUAGGAUCAGCCACGGUCUUGUUGAGUGUCUCUUCUAUUCUUGGUCAAGGAGGGGGGCCAGAGAGUGCGCUUGAAGCUCUAUCGCAUUGCCUGGAGCAAACGUGUUCACCGGCUUUCAGACACAUGGGUGGCUUACAAUUUGCGUUGGGGCUAAUCAAUGACACAAUAACCCUUCUGCAUCUCGAGGGUCCAGCCUUAGUUUGCUUACUUUGCGAUCUAAGGAGGCUAAUUCAACAUGCAGAGAAGGAUUUGAAGUCAGAGAAGCCUCGCAAGUCCAGAUGUUCUGAAAUCAAAACAAAGCUCAAGUCCGCUGAAAGGAAGGUUUAUUUUAUAAUGUGCUGGGCUCACGAGCAGCCACAAGAAGCAUGGUCUUCCUUAGCAGCCAUUGUCGAGGCAGAGAAGAGCCGACUAGUGGAAGUCAUAGGAAGUAAGACAAACCUUCCAAAAAUGGAGAAAGUACAAAAUGAGGGCAAGCCUCUGAUUAAGGAAAUCGAAUAACCGACUAUUCUUUCAUGUAUUUCGAGAGUUCCUGUCACCCUCUGUCACCUGGAUUUUUAUGUCCUAUUUUCUCUUUGGACUUUUAUCGGAGUAUUUGAAGCAAAUUUGUUUUUAGAAAAGAAACAAGGAAAGGAAAAGAAAAAGUUGAAUGGAAAUUGCAAAGAUCUCCAAAAGGGCAGCCCGGUGCACUAAGCUCCCGGUGAAGGGUCAGACCACAAGGGUCUAUCAUAUGCAGCUUUACCUUGCAUUUCUGUAAGAGGCUGUUUUUACGGCUCGAACGUAACCUCCUGGUCACAUGGCAGCAACUUUACCAGUUACGUCAAGGCUCUCGUCAAAUUGCAAAGAUGUUUAUUACUUAUAAUUUUUCUAGAUACGUAGUUAAGAGAGACGACGUGAUGAUACUUAAAUUAAUGCUUUUAAGUCUUGAUUCUACUUUUGAAUUCUGUCCCUUUUGGUCAUCGGAUGUCUCAUGAAGACGUGUUCCUAAUGUAGUAAAGUAUUUUACGCACAGACGCUGUUAGCGUAAUUAAAUUUUCUGGUAGUAUUCUCUUCA